CUGAGGAACGUGCUGCUGAUUCUCAACAAUUCUGUGGAAAGAAUCUGAUCCAUUACAGUCUUGAUUUAAGAAAAAAUAUAGACAGUCAUCCCCUGAUGAAGGCUAUAUAACAUUAGCUGAAACGCGUUGGGCUUUUUUGCAGACCAUUUUUAUCUUUGACAUUGGAAUAAAAAUUUGUGAAUUUACAUACGUAUUUUCACUCAAGCUUUCUUGUCAUCCUGGGGUGCCCCCCUUUUUACCUAUUUGUCCUAUCUAUUCCCACCUGAGUUCUCAGAGCAGCACCAACAUAGGUUGAAAGGCCCACAAGUGAGCCGCUGACAGUGUGACAGAGCUUCAGUGUCUCAUAAGACAAUCUGUACGUCUCAACAGGAAGACCUAGAGGACCUCAGGUGCUUAUCAUCACUGUUUCUGCUGGUACCUGCCCGUUGGCCUCCCAAAAUAUGCUGAUCCUAUCCUGUCCUUCCAAGUUGCAGCUGCUGGAGGGGCUGCUGAAGAAGAGCCUCCCUCAGACACUUGUGGUCCAUGGUGCAGUCAUGAACAUAAACCGUGGGAACCCAGCUGGCCAUGAGGUGAUUGUGGAUUCAUGGCCAGAGUUCAAAGCUGUCCUUACUCGGCCAUGCAGAGAGAUUGCUUCAGACAAUGCGGAUAUGUAUACCAACCUGUAUGGAGCAUUUUACCGGGAUCUUGAUGCAUACCGGACACUGUUGCUCGAUACAGAUGCUGUCAACUGGGACCAAAACCUUCGUCUCUAUGGCAACCAGGAUGGGAUAUAUGAAGUAUCUAAAGAUGCUGCUGUCGCCAGGAAAGCCCAGUUGACUGCAAUUCCCCACUUCACCUACUUCCACCCCAACCCGAAUAAACUGCCUCAGCGCCAGCUAGAUCCCAGCUUCACCCUUGCUUCCUUGAAUAGCUCCCACGUUGAUCUGCUGAAUGAAACAUGGCUCCAUGGGGGCAAUGAACAAAGCCGGAGGUACCUGGCCAACAUAGUGCAGUGGUUCCCCACUACCUGCAUCCUGGACACCAAUGGUCACCCUAUCAGCUGGAGCCUCAUGGAUCCUUCAGGCGCAAUGGGACAUGGUUACACCCUUCCACUGUACCGUCGAAGGGGCUAUUUAACUGUGGCGAUGACGGCACAUGCCAUGCAAGCCCAUGCAGCUGGAUACCCCAUAUAUGGCUUUGUUGCCCUAAACAAUGUCCGGAUGCAGAAUUUGCAGGAGCAUUAUGGCUUCCAGAAAUUAUCUGAACUGUGCAAUAUCUGCAUCCAUUCUUCAGCUUAUCAGAGGGAAGAGGAGGAGAGACAAAAAUACCUUUCCUAGCAUUCUGCCCAGCCCCUUCACUCGACUUCAGGAGCACUCUGAAUGAGAGAGAGAGAAGGAGGGAGGUCCAUCCACUGUCCAGUUUUGACCACCAUUCAAGUGUUUCUCCCUCCCUUUUUGCUUCCUUUGCCUUUCCUCCUUAAUCUUGGACUUUCCUGACCCUCCCUCAAACGCAUUUUUAAUGUUUCCGUUCACCUCACAUCCAACAUGGACAACAGCCAAAGCAGAGACCCAAU